GCGAACCGUUAUCUUUCUAUCGAAGCACUGCCGGUGAAACCAGCCCGUAACGUUCCGAAGAACACUGAGUGGGAGCCUUAGUGCGCAUGCGUCAGAGCCCGAUGUCGUCUGCUACUCACUGGACGCGCGGUCGAAGCGUUUGUGCGUUUGUUGCCUUUUUCUGAGUCAGAAAACGACACAUAGUUAUGACUAAAACAUGCUGUGCAUGCAAACUGGAAUACAGCAAAAGCAAAACUAAGAGAGCCGGUAGAGAAGGAAACAUUGUCAAGAGAUAUUUCCGUUUGCCACCAGUAGAAAGUAAAAGUAAAACGUACAAAUCAGGAGAGAAACAAGCACUUCUUCCACGACGACGCUUACUCUGGUUGAAACGAAUAUUCGGUACUUUUUCUGAAAGAAAACUACCAAAGGAACUAUGGAUUUGUGAGGAUCACUUCGUGACAGGUUCUCCCAGUUCCAUCCUUGAUGUUGACAACCCGGACUGGGCCCCAACUUUAAAAUUAUCUCACUUUGUACCUGUGACUUUACAGCUCAACCAAGAGGAAAUCUUAGUGAACCGAGAGGAGGUCCUGGUCAACCAAGACGAAAUCUUGGUCAACCGAGAGGAGAACUUGGUCAACCAUGUUCAAGUUGUGAAGGAAUCACAAGUUGGAAGUACUCGAAAUGAAUGUGAAGCAGACCCUCGUCCACAAAGUCCAGGCUGGGUCACCCACUAUAAAGUUUCUCUGAGUUAUUCACAGAUGAUGGAAGUAUGUGAUGAAUUAAAAAUUGAGGUUCCGGCAGGGGAUCAUCCAUCUGUUCUGAACUUCUCAGAGUCCUCGCAAGACUUAUUUCACCCUGAUGGUGACUCAGAGACUGAAGAUGAAGUGUUCUUUGAUGCAGAAGAUGUGGAAGUUGGGUUGGGCCUUUCUAUUGGAACGCAGACUGUGAAAAAUUGGAAAGACCGUGCAACCCAAACUAAACCACAACUGAAAGGGCGUGCAACACAAACUGACAUAAAAAAGUAUCGAACAAUAGCCACUCAAACUGAACUGUCCAUGGAUGACAUUGAAAAAACUGAGAACCUUUUAGAUGAUGCUCAGUGCAAGAUUAAUGCACUUUCAAUUAAUCAGGACUGGUACAAAGAUGAUGACGUCACUCAAUAUUACACAGGUUUACCCACUUACGGUGUUCUGAUGGCCAUCUUUGAGGUUGUGGCUCCGUAUCUUACUUACACUUCUCGGAGUACACUGACCAAGUUUCAACAGUUUGCUUUGACAUUAAUGAAACUAAAGCUGAAUUUGUAUUUAACGGACCUUGGUUAUCGCUUCAAUGUGUCUAAGUAUACUGCAGGGCGCAUCUUUACAAAAUGCAUUGAAGUUAUGUAUUGUAGACUUAAAAGAAAUGUGUUUUGGCCUGAGAGACCCCUUCUACAGGCUUCAAUGCCAGAUUGCUUUAAGGAAUCAUUUGGGGAUUCUGUGACUGUUAUAGUUGACUGCUUUGAAAUAUUUUGUGAAAAGUCUUCUAAUCUUAUGGCAAAAUCUCAAACCUGGUCUAACUAUAAGGGCCAUGAGACAGUAAAGUACUUGAUUGCUGUGACACCCCAGGGUUUUAUCUGCUUUGUAUCCCAGAGCUACGGUGGGAGAAGUUCUGAUAAAUUUAUAACUGAAGACUCAGGUUUCCUACGUUUCUUGACUCCAGGUGAUACAGUUAUGGCUGACAGGGGUUUUUUGGUUGAAGAUAGUAUUAGCCUGCAUAAGGCUACACUUGUAAUGCCAGGAUUUUUGAGAGGAUUGUCUCAGUUAAGUCCGGAUGACGUAGAUACUACAAGAAUAAUAGCUAAUGUGCGCGUCCAUGUAGAGAGAGUUAUUGGCAUGCUCCGCCAAAAGUACAGAAUUAUGUCCAAUCGAGUACCAGUUCGUUUGCUUAACUAUGAGGAAACUGAUGUUGGUAUGGAUGAAAUAGCCGUGGUCUGUUGUGCAUUAACUAACUUUUCUCCAGGCAUUGUGGACUAAGGAGAAGAUCACAUGCAUGUGUAUAUUUCUGAAACCAGGUAACAUUUGGGAGGGUUUUUCCUGGCCAGUUUUCCCAAUCAACAUUCCAUUUCCCCGUCCAAUAUUUUUCCCCUGACUUCUCCCUGACUUGCAGGUGGCGUAGGCAGCCACCCUGUACAAACAAGUAGAAUGCAAGGCAUUUUUGACUGAGUUAGUUUACAUUGCCCUGGAACAAAAAUUAAGAGACAAAGUGGCAAUUAAGGGGCAAGUAAGUGUCACCGAAGUGUCAAAGAGCCCAAGGUGGCAUUUAAGUGUCAUACAAAUGGCAAUGAAGGUUCUAUUUUGGGAGUGGCACUGAGGAUACUUUAGAGUUACAUUAAGGAUCUAAAGUGGCAAGUGUAAGGUCCCAAAAGUUUGUGAAACAGGUUGCUGCAAAGGCAAGAGUUCAACUAAGUAAAAUAAUAAUCAAAAAAAUUCAAUAAA